GCCUUAUGCUGUAUUGCGUUACAAGUUUCGUAACGUGCCAGCGCAAUGGUUGCAGAAACGUGGUUAGAUGAAUUUAAAGAAGAUAUAGAUACUAUAUCAAAAAAUAGUGACGAAGCUGUUUUCGAAAAUUUCCUGUCCGAAGCACUCUGCAAUACUAUUGAUAGUCUUUGCAAUUCAUCUAGAAAAUAUUCUGAGUGUCUGAAGUUCUUACGCCUCGCAUGUGAAAAAAAUUUGUUCGUCUGCUUGCGUGCUACUAAAAAUUUAGUCAGGAUUCCCAGUGGGAGGAGUUAUGGAGCUAGACCUCUCAGUAAAACAUUGUACUCAUUUUACUUGCUCAGUGAGGUUAUUUGCUUUUGUGCCAAAAAUGAUUCUUGUCUUUUGGAUGAUAGCACUAUUGACAUUUGGUGUCGUGCUGCAUCCUAUGCACUUUUCACCUGCGAGGGAAAAGAAUAUAGAAGAAGUUCCUUAACGUGUUCAAGGCUGUGGAAUAAAAACCCCGAUUUUCUGAGUUGCGUCACAAAGCACUUAAUAUCACUCAAUCCAGGAAUUGUUUACAUGUCUGUUAUUGCCGAAAUCUGUAAGUUUAUUAGUCAUAUUUCAUCCUUCGAAUCCAAGUGUGAAUACAAGGAAGCUUUUGUUAACCAACUGCUCAAGUCCAUCUUUGAUGGGAAGCAAGAAGUAGCUCAUAUUCGAUUGCGGCGCUGUUCCCCGAUUUUGAAUUUGUGUUGUGAUGCUUCUAGUUUCAAAUGUCUUGUUCUACCAGUUAUGAAUCGGGCAAUACUUCGUUCUCCUGAAGCACAUUUGCGCAAUAUAAAUUGUCUGCUUGAAGAUAUAUCAUACAAUUUGGAUUUGUGUGCCUUAGAAUUAGCACAAUCAGUUGCUAAAAAUCUGCUUGCUGUAUCAGAGAUAACCAGAAAAGAUGCUGUUGUAGUACUGUCAACACUUUCUAGAUUGUGUUCAGAAGCUGACACUCUUUGUGCUCUCUGUAAACUUGUUCAUGCACAGUUUGCUGGACCUGAAAGUAAAAAAGCUAGUCAAGAGUCAAGAUUUGCUGCAAUCACAUGCUUUGGUGAACUUUCAAAAAAUGGGAUAAAACAAAAAUCCGCCUCAGAUCGUGUUUCCAAUGCUGCUAUUAAUUUACUUUUAGAUUAUUUAGAACGUGAAUCCUAUGAAGAAGCCAUUAUAUGCGCUGCUAAACAAUUGGGAAAAUGGUUGCAUCGUCUUCGAUCAAAUGCAUCUGACCGUUUCUUCAAUUUCAUAAAGUCAUUUGCUUUCUCGACUAAAACAAGUGCACCGGUUCAUUCAGUUCUACUCAUGUGCUUAGAUACAGCAUUAUCAAAUAAUCUGAAUGGAAAUCAAUUGCCAACGGCUCUCAUUCCCAGUCUGUUAAGUUCAAUAGAACAAGCCUCUGGUCAACCAUUUCACUCGGCUGCGGUGCAUAAAUCUGUUAUGGCCUCCUUAAUAUGGUUACGGCAUACAUUGUCUGUGAUAAAAAUACCAGUUACAGAAGAAUCAUUCAAGUCUAGUAUUAAAACUUCACCUUUUUGGAAUAUGUUAUCAAAUGUGUCAGGAAGUAGUAAUAAACGGUGCCCAUGGUUUACUGAAAAAUUCUUACAAACAGCACCAUUUUAUGUUUUGUGUGCUUUGGGUCGUUUGUUGAAGCUGCUUCUUUCAAAUCUUCAUGCCUUUAUUCCUGGUGAAGUUCUUGGCUUCAUCUGUAGAACAUUCCUCCUGCUGUGCCUUCAUCCCUUUUAUGAUACAGUACGUCAACCAAAUCUGAAUAGUAUCAGUGAACUUCUGAAAACUUCUAGCGAAGAACAUCGUUAUCAACUGAUUAUGGAGUUUUUGAAAAAUCUUCAAAUUCUUUUAAUCAAUUAUCCCAGUGUAUUUCAACCUCCGCCAUCUUCUUCAUCAGCUACAUUGGUUUUGGGUCCAGGAUUGAUUUCUGAAUCGUUAUGUUUACAAAUAUCUGAUUUUGUUGGAAUCAAUGUCUGGGAUAAUAUUUCUUAUCCUGCAUCUGAAUUACAAACAACUGAACAACCUAUUGGUCGUAUUAAAUCUAUUGAAACAUUUUUGUGUAAACUGAUUGAUGUUAUUGUUCCAACGUCCAAGUGUGAUAAAACCUCCGUAGAGGACAGUACUAGUAUUUCUUCUUCUGCUUCCGUACUGAAUUCAAUUGAUGUGUGUAUUUUGAGUGCAUUUUGUGCUAGCCAUCCAUGCAUCCUUAACUUCAGACCUAUGCUGUGGGAGCAAUUACGAUCUAAGCUUAAACUUCCCAAGUUAUUUGAUCAUAAAAAUAGUGAAUCAGUAUGUAACAUUUCACUGAUCAACGCUAAAUGGUUGAAGAUUAUCGAUUAUUUCAUAAAACAACCAUAUAUGAUUCCGUCUGAUCGUUAUGCUGUUCAGCGAUUAAUCAAAUGGUCACCUAUUGGUGUUGGUCAAAAUUUAAUUGAAAGAAUUCAUUCUGAUUUUUGUUGUGAUAUGAUUACAUCAAUUACGGAACAAGAUGUACAAAUUAUGCUAACACCAGAAGGUCAACUCUUCAAUAAUGAACUUCUUGAAAGCCUACCGAAAUAUGAAACAUCUUUGGCUAAUAUCAAACGUGAAAGUAAAUUAUACUCAUAUGAUAUACAAAUGGAUAUAUUAUCAGCUAAAUUACAAAAAGCACGUGAACAAAAGCAACAAAAUACAGUUAAUCAUACUACUACUACUACUACUACUAAUGGUAGUAGUAGUAAUACAGUACCUUUAUUAGAUAAAUUAAGUGGUCAACUAACUGAAAAACAACUGGAAGUUGUACGAAAUGAAUUGAAUAAAGAGGAUGAAAUACGAAAACGCAUGCAAUCGCUUGAUUUACAAGUUAGACAGAUGUGUGAUUUACUCACUAAUGCAUUGAAUGCGCUUAUUUGUCAACCAAAUCAUCCUUUACCAAUUUAUUAUCAAGAGGCUGGAGAACUUAUCAAGCAUUUUUGUACAAAAUUAUCUCAUCUAUUUGUAAAGUUAUUAUCAAAUCCUCUAAUCUCACCAUAUAUAAUACGUGCUCAUAAUAAAUUUAUUGAAAUUAUAAUGUACAAUACAUUUAUUGUUGAAGAAUGGCAAUCUUCUUUAACUCAUGAAGUUCAUUUGUAUACACCAAUGAUUUAUUGGUGGUCUGUACGAAUAUUAAGUCCAGUACGACUUAUUUCUCGUUAUGAUAGUAAUGAUACUUGGAAUUCAGAAAUGAAUAAAGCCUCCAUUAAUACAACUGAUCGAUCGGAUUAUUUUAUUUAUAAGCAAGCUCUAGAGGAUACUGAUUCAUUGACUUUGUGUUGGUCUUCUCGAUCUGUUGAGGAUCAUACUAAAGGAGUUUUUAGUCUCCUAUGUGAUAAGUUCCCUGUGAACAGUUUGAAUACUUCUCUGCUAAUGACAUUUUUAUCGCCUACUAUUGAUCGUGCCUUUCAAUUUUCUUCAUGGAUUCAUCCACUACCUGAAGACUAUUCUAUAUCAUUGACAUCAGAUUCCUGUCCGAUGGUAAAAGACAGACAGUCUUCUGUGAACAAUUGGAUGAAUGGUGAAUUGGUGAAAGUUUUACUUAAAUCGUGGAAAAAUCAUUUUCAACUUGUCACUGAUAGUGAUGAACACUAUCAAAGGAAUGUUUCAGUACAGCGUCACAGUGUCCUUUAUGUACUUCCGUUGGAUCGUUUCCUUAGAUUAUUGCGUCAAUUGGUUGAUGGAUGUCUACAAGAUCCGGCUACAUCGAAAACUAAUGUCGCUGAAGAUGUAAAGGAUGAUUUAGAUUCAAAAGAAUUAUCUGAAGAUAUGUUUUCGAAUGAUUCAUCAAUGGAUAAUGAAUUAGUAUUGCGUAAAUCAAUUGUACACAGUAGUACAGAGCUAAUGAUGUUAAUCACAAACUUAUUUGUACAUUAUGUACAUACAUUAGAAGAUGAUAAUUUAAUUGGUAGACUAUCAGCUCCAGUGGUUUCUACUCUAUUAAAUGGUUUAGUAUCUGAAUCAGAUCUAGCAAGAGAGAUUUCAGCACGUUGCUUGUUUAAACUGGUUGAACAGAUGCCUCGUGUAAUUGAAUUCAUCAAGUUACAAGAGGAAUUAGCUUGUAAGAAUGAAUCAAAACAUUUACAAAAUGUUACAGAACCUUCUUCAGAUGUGGCAACAUCAAAUGGUGAUAAAAAUGCUACAGAAUCUACGCCUGCCGAUGAAACGAAUUGUGAUGAAGAGGAUGCUGGUAAUGCGCCUACUACUACUGAUAAAUCUGGUGAUUCUGGUAAACCAAGAAAAAAGUUAAAUAAAAAUCAGAGACGUAAACAAAAACUUGUUCAAUCAUUUGCAGCUGCAGCUGAAAAAAAUCAAAUCACUGAACAGAUGUAUACCAAGCCGUUUACUUCUCCAGCUGAUUGGCCAAAAUUAUCAAUUUGGUGUCUUGCACAAGUCCGGAUUUGGAUUAUUCGUAGUGAUAGUUCAACGCCUAUUGCUCACUUAGCUGAACAAAUAUGGCACUUGCUUCACCUAGAUGAAAAGUGUGAAAAUUUACAAUCAAAUACAAAUAAUGGAUUGAAGGCAUUAUUGGAAAAGCCAAAUGAUCCAGGUUUAUUUAAUCCAAUGCUUCUGGCUCAACGUCUACUAUUGGAGGCAACUCGUCCAACUGCUACUGUCCAGUCGUCGAUAGCUGAUGCAUUCGCUCUAUGCCUUGUUGAUCGUAGUGUUGAAGAGAUAAGUGUAGCGUUGGAUAUGUUGAUUCGUAUGUACCAUGUAAUGCUACAUCGUGAUCCUGCUGUCCAGGAUAACAUGGGUCGUAUAUUAUGCCCAGAAUCACCAGACAAAUGGCGUGAACGUGUCGGUUUAGCUAUGAUUUUGACACGAUUAUCUGAUGCACCUGCCUCGUCAACAUUACAAUCUCUGUCCACUACGAAUAGAUUGUUUAGACGAAGUUUGCUUAAUGCUAUAAAUGAAGAAAAAUGUGAAGAAGACACUGAUAAUAGCACUAAAAAUUCUAACACAGUGACAACAAAUGUGCCUAGCAAUCUGGAUUCAGAGAGUUCUUCAUCUGCCGCUGCUGCUGCUACUACUACUACUACUACGUCGACUGUAGCCAAUGAUUCUUCAAAUCAAACCCCAGUAUGGUUAUUGAAUCUAUUUCGUUUUCUUGUCAGUGAUGGAUUGAAUGAUCGUAAUGCUGUAGUACAAGCGGAGAUGCUUCAAGCUGGUCUACGUGCAGUUCAUAAUUUUGGAAAGCCGUUCAUUGGACAAAUUUUGCCUAUACUGGAGAAUUUUGUAAAUAAAGCGCCUAAAGUCGCUGAAUUGGAUGCUGUACGUCAAUCAAUUCUAAUCUUAACUGGUUCCCUAUCUCAACAUCUUGAUGCUAGUGAUCCUAGAGUUGGAACAAUUUUCAAUCGUUUAUUAAAUACACUGAGUUUUCCAUCUGAUUUAGUUCAACAAGCUGUUGAAGAUUGUUUAGCUUCACUUAUCGGCAAGUUAUCAGAAGAGCAGACAACAAAAACGAUUACUAAACUAAUGACUACACUUUUAAGCAGUAAUAAUUAUGCUGAACGUCAUGGUGCAGCGCAUGGAAUCGCUGGAAUCGCUAGAGGAUUAGGCAUUAUGUCAUUGAAACACCAUGGAAUUAUUGAUAAGCUUAUGCCAGCUUUAGAUGAUACUAAGGUAGCUAAACGUCGUGAAGGUGCCUUGAUGGCAGUUGAACGACUUUCACUGGGAAUGGGACGUCUUUUUGAACCAUAUGUUGUUCGUUUAAUUACCCCAUUAUUGAAUACAUUCGGUGAUUCAAAUCCUGGUGUCAGAGAGGCUGCAUCUAAUGCUGCACGAGCUGUUAUGAGUAAACUCAGUGCACAUGGUGUGAAACUGAUACUACCAGCUCUACUUAAAGCUAUUGAUGAUCAGCAGUCUUGGCGUACAAAAGCAGAGGCGGUUGAUUUACUUGGAUCAAUGACACAUUGUGCGCCGAAACAGUUAUCUGCAUGUCUACCUCAAAUAGUGCCGCGUUUAUUAGAAGUUUUAGUUGAUUCACAAGAACGUGUCAAACAAGCCGGUGUAAGAGCAUUGAAUAAGAUUGGUCAAGUUAUUCAAAAUCCAGAAGUUCAAGCGCUUGUCCCAUUGCUUACCGAUUGUCUUCAACAACCAUUAUUGGAUAAAACGCCUUGUUUGGCUGCACUUCGAGAUACAUGCUUUGUACAUGUACUUGAUGCGCCAAGUUUAGCCUUAAUCCUACCUGUAAUACAACGAGCCUUUUCAGAUCGUUCUACUGAAACACGUAAAAUGGCUGCUCAAAUAUUUGGCAAUUUACAUAGUUUAGCUAGAAAAGAGGAAUUAACACCUUAUGUUGGUACUAUACUACCAUCCUUGAAAACAUGUCUACUUGAUGCUGUACCAGGCGUUCGUUCAGCUGCUGCUGCAGCACUUGGUGCAGUUGUUCGGGGUAUGGGUGAAUCUUCAUUUGCUGAAUUACUUCCAUGGCUGAUGUCUACGCUUACUUCGGAAACAUCAUCUGUUGAUCGUUCUGGUGGUGCACAAGGUUUGGCUGAAGUUCUCGGUGGUAUGGGAAUUGAACGACUACGUGUUGUUUUACCGGAUUUAAUAAAAACAGUUUCAUCUGAAUCGAAAUUACAACCACACGUACGAGAUGGUUAUUUAAUGUUAUUCAUUUAUUUACCAACUGUAUUUCAAGAUGAUUUUGCUGAAUUCAUUGGACCAAUUAUACCAACUAUUCUCAAGUCAUUAUCUGAUGAAACUGAAUUCCUGCGUGAAACCGCUUUACGUGCAGCUCAGCGUAUAGUUCAGAUGUUUGCAGAAACUUCACUAGAAUUAUUACUUCCUGAGUUAGAACAAGGCAUGACUGAUUUAAAUUGGCGUAUACGACAUUCAUCUGUACAACUGCUUGGUGAACUUUUAUAUCGUUUAUCUGGUUCAUCUGGUAAAGGAACUACAAAAACAACAAGUGAAGAUGAUACAUUUGGUACUGAUGAAGCACAUGAACGUUUACGUCAAGUUAUGGGAGCUGAACGUCAUGAUCGUAUAUUAGCUCGUUUGCAUUUAUCGCGUUCUGAUCCUACUAUUAUUGUUCGUCAAUCAGCUAUACAUAUAUGGAAGAUUGUUGUACCAAAUACACCUAGAACGUUACGUGAAAUUAUGCCUGUACUUAUUCGUCUAUUGUUGAAUACACUUGGAUCAUCUGCACGUGAACAUCAACAGAUUGCAGCUCGUGCACUUGGUGAUGUGGUACGAAAGUUAGGCGAACGAAUCUUGCCAGAAAUUAUACCCUUAUUAGUUCUUGGCUUGGAUUCUUCAGAUAGUGAUCAACGUCGUGGUGUUUGUACUGGUCUAAUUGAAAUUAUUCGUAGCUGUCAACGUGAUCUGCUAUCGAAUUAUGCUGAUAGCUUGUUGGAUCCAAUACGACGUACAUUAUGCGAUCCACUUGUUGAAGUUCGUCGAAAUGGUGCAAAAACAUUUGAAUUAUUAUACGGUGCAAUCGGUGUACGUUCAUUGGAUGGUGUUCUACCCGAUUUAUUAGCUCAAUUAGAUGAUCCUGAAACUAGUCAGUACGCAUUGGAUGGUUUGAAACAAUUAUUAACUGUUAAAGGAAGAGCAGUUAUGCCUUAUUUAGUUCCUAAACUUACUAGUCCAGUGGUCAAUGUGAAGGCGUUCGCUUAUUUAGCGUCAGUAGCUGGUGAAGCGCUGACAAAACAAUUAGGUCGAAUUUUACCUGCACUUUUGCAAACUGUAUCAUUAAUGUCUAAGUCUGAAAAUCAAGAAGGCGAAGAAGAAUCAGGAAAUGAUGAUUUGCAGCAGUGUGCUUCUGUCCUGGUGUGUAUUUAUGAUGCUACAGGAAUCCGACAAAUCUUUAAUGAAUUAUUAUCUGGUUUAUCGAUGUCUGCAAUUGUUGAUGCCAAUUCAACACCAGGUGAAAAACUUAUCCCAGGAUCAAAUGCUUAUCGAAUAGCUUGUUUGCGUUUAUUAAGUGCUUAUCUUGAAGCUAGCUAUCAAGAUCCUGCUGAAGAAAAUGCCCAACCUGUAGUGACUGCUAGUCGUCGUAAGGCGCAUGCGAAUGAUUCAGAUGAAAGUGACGAUUCAAGUGAUGGUGAUGAUGAUGAUGAUGAUGACGGCGAUGAAGAAGAGGACGACGAAUCAGGUGAUGGUUCGUACAAUUCAGAUGAAGAUUUUAGUGUAGAAGAUGAUGAGACAGACAACGAUGGCAGUUAUGAUGAUGAUGACAGUGAUGAAAUGGAGGAAAAUCCUGAUGCUAAGGAAGUUAUUAGUCGAGUGCUCAAUGAAUCUUAUCCCCUUGCUUUACGCAAUAUAUGUCGGCUGUUAGCCAACUCUGACAAGACUACGCUGGUAGAAACUUGGAAGUGUUUAGAAGCAUUAUUCAAGCGUUGGAAUCCUGAAAUGAUCACUUCACAGAUCAGUGAUCUUCGUCAAGGUAUUCGUGGCGCUAUAUCAGAAAUGAAUAAAUCUUCAAGUGCUAAUAAAACUGAAAGUCAAAAAUAUUUACCUGGUUUCUCAGAUCCAACUCUACCACUUGUUAGUUUAGUCAAGUUGUACGCAGAAUGCACUCUUCGUGGACGUCCUGCAGUCAAAGAACCAGCUGCUCAAGGAUUAUCCGAGUGCAUAAUUUAUGCGAAUGGGAUUGCACUUCAAGGUUGUGUUAUCAAAGUUAUCGGUCCACUUAUACGUUUGUUGGGAGAACGUCAAACUAAUGUAGUUCGUGUCGCUGUAGUACAAUCGCUUACUUCACUUGUUAACAAAUGUCCACAAUCCGUGCGCCCAUUUGUUACACAACUUCAAGCCACCUUCCUGAAAUGUCUUGGUGAUUCACACAGGCCAAUGCGAUUACUUGGUGGGGAAGGUCUAUCAUCUGUUGUGCCUAUUACACCAAAACUCGAUCCAUUAUUAAUUGAUUUAGCUAGAGUAUCUUCUCAAACAGUUAUAUCACGUUUUCAUGAUCAUUUAAAAGAUGCUUCAAAAGACCUGGAGAAUGUACCGGCAUCGUCGGGUGCCUCAGCGACAGCACAUACAUUGGCAGGUAUUGCAACUUAUCCAGAUACCAGUUUGCAGGCAUUACGUGUAUGCCUAGAACACUCACAAGGUCGAGCUGGUUUAAUUGCACUAAACACUGUAUUCCAUUCAUUGAUUCCAUUAAUGCAUCUACCGGAAUCGUUCGGUAAUGAAGGUCGAAUGGAAGAGAAUACAUAUCGCCAUGAUAUUGUUGGCGGUGUUGAUGGUGAUGAUGAUGAUGAAGAUAGCGAUGAACAUGAAAGUGUUUUAGGCUCAUUUAAUCAAGGCAAAGUGGUACCAAUCUCAUCAGAUCAAGUUCGUAUUGUAGCUUCUUCGUGUAUUGGAUUUAUUAUUGUUGCAGCUCAAGCUACUAUUAGUAAAUCUUCACAAAAUGAUAAUGAGAAGAAAGCAAAGAUUGUUGAACUUGUCAGUUUAUUUGAAAAGAAACUUUUCCCCACUUCUUUAGUUAAACAAGAUGAACAAUGGACAUUUCAUCAAAGUCGAGGGAUUUGUCUAGUUAUCCCAUUGAAGUAUACACCAGAAACCUUGAUAAAUACAGAAACAGUUAAAACAGGUUUUUGCGAACGUCUAGAAAAACUUAUAUGUCAAUUGUGUAAUCAUGAAAAUUCUGUUGUAUCUCAAAUCGGUUACCGAUGUCUUGGUUGUUUUGUCGGUUAUCUAGCUGAAAAUCAUGAAGUGAAUUAUACUUCUAAUCUGUUGGUUCAAACUCUGAGUAAAGGUUUUGAACAUACAGUAAUCGAUAUACGUCUGUUGUCAACAGUUGUAUCCAAUCAUAUAGCCUGGCGUGUAAAACUUCCAAUGCCAAAUUGGCUUCAUGGUUUUGUAAGUGUAAUUUUAAACGGAACAAAAGAUAAAAAUAGUGCAGUUCGAGUUGGCAGUGAAACAACCUUGGUUGUUCUGUGUCGAUUGAAUGCUCCACGGAAUAAAGAUCCAAAUCCGAAUUCAGAUUACUUACAAGCAUGUUGUGAUUCACUGGACGCAAAUUCACGUAAACAAUUUGAAACACUUAUGCAACGUCUUCGUAAACAUAAUUGGUCUGAUGUAUGGCGUCAAGGUUGCCCAGAUAUGGAUAGUACUAAAUUAUUGUGAUGAAAUAAAUGAAAUUAUUAUUUCAAAUGACAAUUUAAAACUAGUGCUCUUUUCAUCUCUCCCUCUGUGUGUGUGUGUGUCGUAUGAUUUGACUCUAGCAAAGAAGCUGCCGUCUAUUUCAAAAUCAGUUCACCUUUAUUAUUUUUGAAGUUGUCGGCUGUUAUGGAAAUAUGAUUUCUGCAUAUAUUAUUAUGUAUAAAUAUUGAUGUGACUAUUUUGACAAUAAAAAGAAUGUCUUUAUCUUCA